GGCGGUGCGCGGUUGGCGGGAGCCCGGAGGGAGACGCGGGGCGGCGGCGGCGCUGUUGCUGGGCCCGGCCUGUGGCCCGGUCAACGGAGAAACACGGACUGGUGCUGUGGAGCAGUGGGGUAGUACUGUAGGGAUGGUAGUCUGAGGAUCUUAAACUACAUGGUCAAGCAAUGGCAGUCGUUGUAAAAUCUGGAUCUCUGGUAACGGUGAAUUGGCUUAACUCAGUGGAAGCCCGAGAAUAUUUGGCCAGCAUCGUCCGCAAAAACAAAAGGAAAAUAUUUGGCUUACUCGAGCGACCAGUGCUCUCCCCACAGGCUGCUCCUGAUAUUGCCAGUUACAAGAUCUUUCUGUCAGGGAAGGGCGGUGUAGGAAAAACAGCAGCAGUUGCCAAAUUUGCCGGUGUUGAAGUCCCCAGCCUUCAUCACGAGACCACAGGAAUUCAGACAAGGACGGUCUAUUGGCCCGGAAAGCUGGUGGAGAGCGGCAGAGUGAUCAUGUUCCGCUUUCAGUUCUGGGACUGCGGUGAAGCCUCCCUGAAGAAGUUUGACCACAUUCUUGCUGCCUGCAAGGACAAAGCAGACGCAGUCUUGUUUCUCUUCUCUUUCACUGAUCGAUCAUCGUUCACUGAUUUGCCUGGUCAAAUGUCACGCAUCCUGCAUGAUACUGAGAAGAUGGUUAAAAUCAUUAUCGGCACAAAGUUUGACCAGUACAUGCACACCGAUGUCACAGAAAGGGAGGUCCGCUCUUUCCAGCAGACAUGGCACCUGCCUGUCUUCAAAAUGAAGAGUGUCAAUGGUCCACGCAUGUCAGAUGGAAGAACUCUUGAUGGCAAAGCAGGGCUUCUGGAGGUGGAGCACAUACUGAAUGGAAUGGCUGAACAUCUCUGGUACCAGGAUCAAGUGACUGCGGGACUUGUCCCUGCUCCGCACCUCCACUGAGAGCCUUUCAGCCCUCCCGGAGCUGCUUGCAACCUCUUUCCUGAUGAUAUUCUUCUUGAUCUUCAGGUACUCGCUGCACUAAAUAUGUUUAGUUGAUACCACAGUGGUUCCAACUGAAACGUAUGUGAUAGUUUCCCCCAUUCUAUCAACCAUUCGCAUUUUGGAUGGUAUCUGGGGAGGAACCAAAUUCACCUUAAGACAACAACGUGACAUAAAAUUAGGCACUAAACGCUGGAAUAACUCAGCAGGACAGGCAGCAUCUCUGAAGAGAUGACGUUUCGGGUCGAGACCCUUCUUCACACCUGACAUAAAAUGAGUUAAGCAUGGAGGAACGUUUGAAAAUCUGAACAGCCUUUGUCAACUCAAACUGCAAAAUCAGAUUUAACCUAUAGAGGGAACUGCUGUGAAACAAAGAGACAUAUUCUGCAUCUCCGUUCAAUUUCCCGUCAUUCACAUUGCUCAAUGGAAGCAGUGACAGCGCGUGAAACCAAGUUUAAAAGUGCAAGUUUGAUAAAGCCAGGAGUAAAGCUGGCAGUCUCUGGGAAAUCUGGCAUACUUCACACCAUGUCAUGACAUAACAUUUUUAUAACAACUCAGAUGGAUACCCAAAGGAGACACAAGGAACUGCAGGUGCUGGAAUCUUAAACAAAACACAAGGUGCUGGAGCAACAAGGCAGGUCGGGCAGCAUCUGGGCAGGGAAUGGACAAGUGACUUCUCGAGUCAGGACCCUUUUUUAGAAGAAGGGUUCAACCCGAAAUGUUGCCCGUCCAUUCUCACCAAAAUUGCUGCCUGACCCGCUGCGUUCCUCCAGCACUUAGUGGUUUGCUUGAGUAUCCCAAAGAAUAUGUAUUCCAAAUAAAUCAUUCUCUGGACUUUAUUCCUGAUUUUUCGAGACCUCCAUGAUUACCAUGUUGCACAGAAGUCAUCAGAGAUCAUGGUUUGGUGAUAACCACAGAAAUACUAAAGAAUUUACUACUGAGAGGCACUAACCAGAGGCCUCAGCUGCAAACAGCCUGCAGUUCAUCCAGCCGUUCCUUGCUGUGGAAGUCUGAAGACCAAAUAGUGACGUGGGUACAGUUGGAGAAACAAGGAAUUACAGAUGCUGGGAUUACAGGGCUAGUCGAAGCAUCUGCAGCGUUGGAGCUCCCGACUAACCUCUCCCGAGACUGCGAGUCCUUGAUGGUAAGUCAGCAGGCCACGGUGGGAGUGAUCCCAGGCAGGGGAUCAGCUCCGAUGUUAAGUCCGCGCCCCGCGAUGGGGCUCAUGACAUUCCGAGUAGGCCUCCAGCUCUAGCGAUGGUAGGUCUCAGAGCCCGGAGAAUGUGAUCUGGAAAUUGAUCACAUCUCCGGGAAGGUAGGAACUUGUAAAAAAGUUUCCCCCUCCCCCCUCCCCCCGCAUAAAACAAACCGAAGUUACAUUAAAAACAAACAUUUAACAAACGCUAAAAAUAAAAAAAAUAUGAAAAACGAACAGACUGCCGCCAGGGCUGCCAUCUCCCCGGCGCGCCUGGUGGUCCUAUGCCAUCACAACGUGGGCCAAUUAGGGGGGUUUCAAGUGCGCUCUCUCGUAAUUUCGACCAAGUUAAAGGAGGUGCCAGACCAGUUGCUGGAAUAUCAGUGGUGGACCUGUGGGGAAAUGCAGCUGAGUAAUUGGAAGUAUAGGAUAUUAGUAGCUAAUGACCUGAGCUAAUGGAACAGGCAAGCCCACUGUACCAAAGGAUUCCAACCCCUGCAACAUGAGAGCCAGUUGUCUUUACUGUAAUGAUUUUCAAAGUAAUAUUAUCAAGCAAAGGUAGACAAAAAUUGCUGGAGAAACUCAGCGGGUGAGGCAGCAUCGUUGGAGCGAAGGAAAUAGGCGACGUUUUGGGUCGAGACCCUUCUUCAGACAUUUUUGUCUACCUUCGAUUUUCCAGCAUCUGCAGUUCCUUAAACAUUAUCAAGCAAAGGUUGUUCUCUACCCUCCUAACGUCAGUGCCCAUGUUGCUCAGCACAAGAGGAAGCAUGAAGUGACGACUGCAUUUGUACCAUCGUUUUAAUCUAAUUGCCCAUCCAUCUGUAGCUUUAUUUCAACGGAGAUCAAUUUCCAAGUCGUGUGCAGGAGACGGCUUUUAAUGCUUUGUGGAUCUGAUGGCUACUGUUCUUGAAAUGGGAUAAAAUGACAAUAAAGAUUCUGAUUCAUGUUUA